AUUAUGCAUCUCAUGUAAAAAAAAAACAAAAAAAAAACAUGGGGGCUGGACGGUUUCAUGAACGAUAGUGAGUCAGUUGGCAGACACUGUCAGAUUCUGAGUCUCAAAAUGAUGGUUUUUGUUACUCUAAAAAUUCCCGGGGUAUAAUUAGCAUUUUCAGCAAAAUAGUGAAUCAUUAUAGAAGUGCUUUUACUGUAAACACUGGCCAAGCUUAAUUUUAUUCCCAUUUACCAGAAACUGAAGAAAGAACUCAAAUAACUGUAAUGCAUUUUAUCUAACAAGUGAAAUGUAAAUGUGAAUGAUUGCUGCCUAAAGAUAAUAAUCUCAGUUAUUUAUGACUUUACCUCAGUUUUGUAUUUUAAUACAGAAAGAUGUAACAUGAUAUGCAUGUUUUUGAGUCUGCUUGCCAUGUAAUUUGAUCUUAUUGCCAUAUCCUCUUUCAUCCACGUGCUACCUGUUAUGUUCCUGUUCACACGAGUGACGUAUUUCACACUUUCCACCCUCUGCCACAACAACUUGCCUUUCGUAGCUAGAAAGGUGUUGAUGGUGGGAGCCCGUGAUGCUGCUUCCUGUCUCCAUUGCACAUCAAAAUUUCCCCUCUGCCCGCCCACUUUGAUUUUGUGCAGAGCUGUGGGCUGUUUCACUUCAGUCUGUCUGAGUCUCUUGGUAGAGUCUGUUCUACUCCUGAAUCAAUGUAGACUUUUGCUUUCUCCAGCCACCCACACAGUUUGACACCUGGACUGAAUGCUUUAGAGUGGUAAGUAACAUUUUUAUUUACAUUUAUUUUAUAUUAUAGUUUUGUUUUAUUACUUAUUUUUUUCAGUUUUGAAGCUGUUAGCUAAUUAAGUUAUACAUAUAAUGCUUACAUUGUUUGUUACAUGUGCUUGAAGAUUCAAAUUUAAUUUAACUUAAUUUAAUGCAUUAUUUGUGCCAUGAACUCCAGGUGUUGAUUUGCAAAGUUUGAUUCUGUGAUACAUUCUGUAUUAAGUUGCUAUAGUUGUAUAAUAACAUCUGAAACCAUUUUUAGGUAAUCUUACCUGGAUGACUGCAUCUAUUGGUCCUCACAUCACAGCUAAUCUAUGAAGGUGCUGAGUGGUCACGGCGUGUCUAAAUCAUUGACCCAAAGCAGCAUGGACGUAAUCAGCAUGCCAGCCACAGUUGUCCCAGUGAAUACAGGAAUUUCCUUUAGUCAGCAGACUAAACCCAAUCUGACCAGCAUCUCCCACACUGGAAACAUCAACCAAAGGCGCUGGAAGAGCAUCUUGCGACGUGUCCAGAAACAGAACACGGAACAUCCCAAAAACACACUGUUUGGGCAACCCUUGUCUGAUAUCUGUCAAAAAGAUGGGUGUCCUCCCAAAGCAAUUAUGGAUAUCCUUAUCUUGCUGCGGAGAAAGGGUCUGUACACUGAGGGGGUGUUCAGGAGGGCCGGGAAUGCCAGGGCUCUCAGAGAGAUCAAGGUGCAGAUCAACGAUGGGAUAGAAGUGGAUCUGAAAGAGCAGUCUGUCUUUUUGCUUGCUGAUCUUGUCAAGGAUUUUCUUAGACAGCUACCUGGCGGUUUGCUAAUGGAGGAGAAGUGCAAAUCCUGGAUGACUGCAAUGGAAAAGGAAGGUGAAGAUCAGAAGCGUGCUGAAAUUAAAAUGGUGAUCAACACACUUCCCGAGCCAAAUAUUCAGCUCUUGAAGCACUUGAUGGUUCUGCUGUACCACAUAAGUGAGAAUGCAGAUACAAACAAGAUGGUUUCCAUCAAUCUGGCUACAUGCGUUUCCCCCAACUUGCUCCAAAGAGACAACUUGGAAAAAAUGGAAGAGGUGACGAAACUGACUGAGUUUCUCAUUGACAACUGCCCUCAAAUAUUCGGUGAGGAUGCGCUGGCACUCUUUGGAGACUCUGAUGAAGAUGAACUCAGUGAUAACCAAGACUCUAUCUCCUCGCAUCAUCUUGACUCUGCGUAUGACAGUAAUGACCCUGAUGCAGACGGCUACAAGGGAAGUAGUUCUGACAUGGAUUCUAUCAAAUCCAGCGCUGAAGAGAAAUCGCAGGAACAUUCCAGCACAGAGGAACUUUGGACCAAAAAACUGACUCGCAGACGUUCAGAACCAGUAAUCAACUUAAGACAGGGAGUUCAGCAGCAGUUUUCCCUCUCCAGGAGCCAGACAGAAAUGGACUUUUAUGACAAACACUUAACAAAGCAGAUCUCUGAUGACUAUAUUGCGGUUAGAGCAGGCAACAGCUUGGGGAACAGCUUUGGGGCCAGUACAACCUCUAAAGACUGCUCGUUUUGUUCUUCAAGUUCACUUGAGAGUUGUUUCUCCAGUGCUUCAGAGAGCUCUAUCCACAACAGUCCACUUAUUGAGCAUUUAUGCACUCAGAGAAAGGCCCUUCAACGCAAACAUUCCUUCCCCACCCGCCAAUCAGCACCUGCACCGAAUCGCUCGGAAACCCCAAAAAGACGCUCGCAAUCCAUGAAGGGUGCACACGUCAGAAGCAGGACUGUCUUCGGGCGAAGCGGCUCCACCAAACGGGCCAUUGAGAGAACCCUACGACACAGCCAGACCCUACCUGAGGUACUGAAUCCUCAACCGGAGCCAAGACGCUUGUCUAGCGAGGAGAUUUUCCAGCAGGUGGACAGCAGGAUACCAAGCGAUCCUCCAAGUUAUCAGCAAGCUGUUCAGGUCAAUUCCCAUGUUGCUCUCUCAAGCUGUAAAUCGUUGACUGUUCAGGAUGCCAGAUGUCUGUCAAAGCACUCGAGAUCUUCAAGUGAAGAGACAUUGGAUUUGUCUUCUGGGAGUGAACAUUUUGAUAUCCACAACACAGACAGUUCAGAGACAUGUUGUGAUAGUAUGAGUGGUUCCUCCUCAGAGUUGAGACAGAGGACCACAUCUGAAACUGGGUAUGAAGCAUCAAUACAAGUUUGGUGCAAUCAGGAAGACCUCAGAGAGACAUAUGUCUAAUUUGCUGCACAUUUUUAUUAUUGUUGCUACUUUUUGGUAGAGGCAAAAUGUCUUUGCAUAUGACCUCAUAAUGAGGCGUGAACAUUUCAGGGCUUCAAGUACAAUUCAGACAUAGAGUUGUGCUGAAUAUGUUGAAUUUAAUUCUUCAUUUUAGUCCUUUUUUUUUGGAUAGUUUUUAUGCUCAUAUGAUUUUUAUUCUCUAUCACCCCAAAACCAGAUAUGUAACUAAAAGGCACUUUGAGGAAAUUUCACUACAAAGAUUUUAAGUUUUUGUGCAAUGUUUGCAGAACUAAUGUACAUGCUUAAAAACAAUGUAAAUCCUAAGUCUUCUUUUGAAAUAAAGACAUGAAAUAAA